UGCCCUGCCGAAGAACAAGUUUAUGUGUUUUAGUUUUGUGUGCUUCGCUGUCUGCUUUUCCUGACGCACCAAUACAGUGCAUUUUUCAGCAGAGAUCAUUGUGAGAUUGAAAGUUGGGAGAAUGACAGCUCGAGUGUAUUUCUCGUUAAUUGCUGUUUUAUCAUGUCUGUUCGGAUACUUGAGCAUAACAGAAGCUACUCAUGGACAAACCACAGGAAGAAGAUCGUGUACCAGGUCCUGUGAGUGACUCUAACUGUCCCAACAAUGAGAAGUGCUGCAGCAAUGGAUGUGGACGUUAUUGUACGGCUCCAUAUACAGUGAAGCCGGGUCAAUGUCCCAAACCGAAGAACGUUCCACUGUCUGCUGAAAGGUGUUUCCAUGAUGGCCAGUGUCCUGCCACACAGAAAUGUUGCCCAACCACCAGUGGCCGCGCAUGCAGUGAACCCCGUGGUCAGGGUAGCGGUUACGGUCAGGGUAGCGGUUACGGUCAGGUUUGUGGUGUCAGACCUUUGCAUCCCACUCUAUGUGACUGCAGCAGCAGCAACAACAACACCAACCUGUAUUGA